AUGGCUGAGAAGUCCGACCAUGAGAUGACUUAUCCUUUAACCCCAUUUGAUGGUUACGAGCGAAUUGAUGGAGAGUCUUUUGUAUCCAGAGAUGAGCUACAACGCAAGAAGAGAAUGAAAUUGUUUAUCUAUAUUGCAAUCUUCGUUGCGUUUCAGACCAUAGUCAUCACCGUACUUGCUCUCACCGUCAUGCAAGCUCACGUGCCCAGGGCCCUGUUGAACAAAAUCGACGUCCAAACCCUCAACUAUAACCCUGCAACACCUUCAUUCAACAUGAGCUUCACAACCGAAAUCUGGAUCAAGAACAUAAAUUGGGGUCCUUUUAAGUUUGGUUCAGGCAUAGUUCAAUUUUUUUACCACGAUACUAAAAAUUCUAAAAUUAUUGUUCCUAUUGGGGAAGCUGUUAUUCCAAGCGGCAAGGUUAAAAUGCGUUCGACCAAGAAGAUCAAUGUCGAGGUGAGAUUGAAUUCCGAUGCAUUGCAAAGUCACAGUUCGGAUCUCAGAAGUGAAUUGAACAGAGGGGUGAUAUAUCUGAGGAGUGGGGUUCAAUUGCACGGACAUCUCUAUUUGAUGUAUAUAUUGAAGAAAUCCAAGUAUGCUGUAAUGGACUGUGAACCCGAUUUUGAUUUAUCUACUAAGACAGUCACUAUCGCUCAUAUGCAUAUUGAUUAG